AAUAGCCAAAGAAACUUCAAGAAAGUGUUCUAGCUAUAGAAAAAUUAACAUUACUUUAAAUCGAUUGUUUUAUAUUUAUGAUUUAAAGGUGGCUCCCUCCCUCAACGAAUUUUCACGUGUUUUAUUGCGUGAGAUUCUGUCAAUUCUGUCAAAAUUUGCACACUGGUAAUAAAUAUUCUGCCUUAGUUGGAGCUCAUUGUUCAGGGAAAUCUGUUACACCGGUUUUGUCACAGCAGAAAGAAAUAAAAAAAAUAAUAAAAUAAGGCAAGAUAAACUAGCACGCGUUACGAGAUAAAAUGGUUACCCCAAGGAGCCAUCUUAAGUACUUCCUAUGUUGAAGGCUCGAGCUCUUGAUUAUUAUAUACAUGUUUUCAGAUCCAAUUCAAAACUCUUUGAUCCAUGGGAAGUCCUUUUUGACGACAUUUCCUUGGAUAGGAUUAUCGGAGAAGGAGCGUUUGGGAAAGUAUACAGUGGCAGGCUUUUAAAACAAACUGUGGAGGAUGGAAAAGGAAGAAAAUCUUCGCAGAGCAAGACGGAUAAGGAGCAGCAGCAAAUGAAGAUGGGCCUGACUGUUGCUGUGAAAAUGUUACAAAAUGGUGCCACAGAAGAACAAAUGCACGAAUUCCUAGAGGAAAUACUGCUUAUGAAACAAAUUGGGUAUCACCGGAACAUAUUGAAUUUAUUGGCCUGCUGUACUAUGACAAGUCCCAUGUUUCUUGUAGUGGAGUUUGCAAAGAAUGGGGAUUUACUUAAUUACCUCAGGAAAAGAAGAGACAAGGUAAAGUGAGAUAAUUGAAAAUCUUACCUCCUUUAAUUAAUUUGGUCACGGCAGUAAGUUUUAAAAAUCCGACCAACUUACCAAACUGUUUAUUGAUUGAAUUCAAUACAGACCUCCCUCCACUAACGGUCAUCUCUAUGCAGCGGCCUCCAAAGUUUGUUCUGUCUCCAAGGUGGAGUUGUGGAGAGGUUUGACUGUAUUCUGUAUUCUUUUGGAAACACGAGCAAAUAAGAAUGCUCUGGGGCCGUUGAAUUGGACGGGAACGGAACAGUUAUUCAGACGUCCUUCGAGAUUUUGCGGGCUCUCAUCUCAUGCCGGUUGUCUACUUAAAGUUUUCUAUGAAAAACAUGCAAAGAUUUCAUAAAAAAUUCGUUUUCCUAGCUUGAUAUAAACCAGAAUGUUGUAAAUUUUAAUUUCAAGAAGAUUUCUCGCCCGUAUAACAUAAAGCGCCAUGAAUCAACAUGGGCUGUAAAACGAAAUUAGGGACCUAACUCCACAAUUCUGAAGCCUCUCCUGCUUAUCUAGUCCGUUGUAGUAUGAGAGAGAAAAUGUUACCUCCCUCCCCCUCUAGAUUAUCGCCCACCGCAGGUUACCACCCCCACCGCCAAACUCAUAGCGUUUUGUCAGGUUUCGCUCGCUCAUAUAAUUCGCGAGCACGUGGAGAGAAACAUUGUGAGAGUAAAGACUCUUUCCUCUUCUUUUCCUUUUUCCUCUACUCUGGCACUUACUAGUGACUUACUUAUUACUAAUUUACUUUUUUGUUCUAAGUAUUUUGAGAUUUACUUAUUUAUUCCGCUCAGUUAUUUAUUGUUUGUUUUCUU